AUGAAGUUCUUUGGCAACAGCAACAAACGCAGCUCUUCCUCCCAGAACCGAAGCUUUCAAACUGCUUUUCAGGACAGUGAGGACACAGAUGAAGAAGACUUUAAAAGACUUCCAAACUCUUCCAGCAGUAGCAACAACAACAAACUCUCUCGAACUCUGUCGAGUGGAAGCAGUAGCAGUUCAUCGUCGCAUGCUUCUUCUUGUCAUUCUGCAAUGGCUAAUUUGACAUCACCGAUUUCAACGAUAGUUUCUCAUCACCAAUUUCAUCCACAACAACAACACCAUCACCACUCACAUCCAAAUCUUCCUUCCUUCUCGACUUUGUGGACCCUCGAUGAUCAGCAAGAUGCAAUUUCAAACAUGCAUCAGGUUCAACCUGUGAAUAUUGCACCAAAAAAUUCAAAAUCCAACGACUGCCAUCAAUUUAAACAUGACCCAAUCAAUGUACAUAAUAAUAAUAACAAUAGUAAUAAUCAAAAUGAAACAUACUUCACUAACGAACAACGCCCCCAUACCUACACCAUCUCAUUGCAAUGGAACAAGUCAAAGAAAAAGUUUUGUCUAGAGAAUGAUAUUUCUUACUUUUCUCAAUUCACGAGGAGGACAUGCUUGCUGACAUUUGUGCAAUGGCAUUGGAUCAAAACAAAUAUUAAGCAGCCAUGUAGUAAAUUGUAUCAAGACAUGUUAUCGAGUGGUGGGUCUUCCUUCUUUAGUAAACAGCCAAGUCAACAAAAGUUUCAAGAAUGUGAAAAACAAUUGAGAAAUCUUCUUUUGAAAGCUCAAUGCAAGCUGAAUUGCAGCAACGAUUUUGAUGAUAACCAAUACCACCGACAGCCUCUAUUUGUAAGUCGUAGAGAUGUUGCUCUCGUUCUGAACGAAUGUUCGACAUGCAGAGGCCACUUGUUCGAAUCUAUUGAACUGCAGCUUAAAUUUCCAAAAGAGGCCUCACUGAGCGAACUUUAUCCACCAAAGAUACUCAUCCAUAUGAAAGAAUUUUCAGAUGAUUUGAUCGAGAAUUAG